AUGAAGCGGCUCCAGGAUGUUCCUGCCGAUCUUCGCUCCCGCUUCACCGAGCCGCUCGAGUUCUCAGAAGAAGACAGAGAUAACGGCCUGUAUUGGUACUCGAUGAAAGCUGUGAACGGAUUCACGUUGGCGCAGUUGCGUAACACAGCAAUAGCCGGCAACAUCAUCAUCCCACAAGAACUCGUCUUCCACGUGUACCUCCAACUCAACCAAGCGCUCCACUUCCUGCACACGUCUGAUCCGCCCAUGGCUAAGGGCGAUCUGAUCGCGGUGAACGUAAUGGUGGACCCGACCAACCAGGAUACCCCUGGAUUUCCGAAUGUCAAACUCAUAGAUUUCGGUGGCGCCACGGUGGGAGGUUCUUACGCGAAGAAUGUGAUAGAGAACGCAGACUUUCCAGACGCAGACAAGGAAAAGAACAGGUGCGUUCACGAGAUUGAAUUCACCGACUUUGUAGAUGCACUUGGAUAUCGUCUGGCGGUCCUUGGCUUGGAUACGCCGAGAGAGUAUCUGGAAAUCGACCUGCAAGAGAGGCUUCCCAAAGUUCUGAAAAUCAAGCGGGACUAUACAUCUGCAGAGAAUCUGCAGGCGAUUGAUUGUCUGGUGAAAGAGACUCAAGAAAGUAGCGGUAACAAGUUCCCGACUGACCAGCAAAUUCUGGACGCUGUCGGUCAAGAAGACCAGGCAUAUCAUAUAUUCGGGCGAGGUCGUGCGAACGAUACGCCUACAUCUCGUCAUUGA